GCUCAUGGCGAUGGUUUCUACGACCUCUUCACUCGCCACCGUUACCCUCCCCAACUAUCGCCGAGUCAACCGAUACAAACGCUUUCGCGUUGCAAUGGCGUUCGCGAGCGCCGGUAAGGAGACUGCGUCCGUGGGAGUGAGUGUGACGGAAGGCGAGGGGAAGCUGCCGAAGCUAGUGCUCACUUCGGCUCAUGGUAGUGAGGCAGAGAUAUAUCUCUAUGGAGGUUGCAUCACAUCCUGGAAAGUUGCCAAAGACAAGGAUCUUCUAUUUGUUCGACCAGAUGCUGUAUUUAACAAGAAGAAGCCAAUAAGUGGAGGAAUCCCACAUUGUUUCCCACAGUUUGGACCGGGUCCAAUGCAGCAGCAUGGAUUUGCAAGGAAUAUGGAUUGGUCUGUUGCUGAAUCCCAAAGUGAGGAUGGGAAUCCAAUUGUAACCCUAGAAUUGAAGGAUGACCCUUACAGCCGUUCCAUGUGGGAUUUCAGCUUUCAAGCUUUGUACAAGAUCAACUUAAGAGAGAAGAGCCUUUCGACCGAGUUAGUUAUCUCAAAUACAGACACAAAACCAUUUUCAUUCAAUACUGCCCUGCAUACAUACUUCCGUGCUUCUGUAACAGCUGCCUCUGUGAGAGGUUUGAACGGUUGUAAGACAUUGAACAAAGAUCCCGAUCCAAAAAACCCACUAGAGGGAAAGGAAGAAAGGGGCAUUGUCACAUUUCCUGGAUUUGUAGAUUGCAUUUAUCUUGAUGCUCCUGCUGAGGUGAUUCUGGAUAAUGGUUUAGGAGAUUCUAUAUCCAUCCAGAAUACAAAUUGGUCAGAUGCUGUCUUGUGGAACCCGUAUCUACAGAUGGAGGCAUGCUACAAAGACUUCGUUUGUGUUGAAAAUGCCAAGAUUGGGAAUCUGCAGCUAGAGCCUCAGCAGUCUUGGGUGGCCAAGCAGAUACUUAGCAUUGCCUGAAGAGCUAAGAAGAAACUGUCCUUGUACUUUAAUUUUUUUUUUUAAAUUUCCCUUUAAAUAAUCAUAAAGAAUCCUUGAACACACAUAAGUCUAUUGAGCUAGUGGAAAUCUUGAGUUUGUAUUUUUGGUUUCACUAUUGUUUUAAUUGUAUUUUUAUAUUGUAAUAACGUACUUUAUAAUUUCCAUGAGGAGACUAUACUGCUCGAUUUU